CUUUGUAAUAUAGGAGAAAAAUAAAAUAGUGAGAAGCGCGUUAAAUUUUUGUUGUAAAUAAACAAGAAUUUUGUUAUAAUUUGCAAAACACAAAAAUCUUUUUCCAUAGGAUUCAAAGUUGGAAAAAUUAGCAUUAAAAUGAUGCAAAGACGAGGUGGAAAACGAAUACGUAUGGAUGAUCCGAUUCCUGAAUAUGAGGAAGGCGGGCAAAAUUUAAAUGAAAGUUUCUCGGAUGGCGCCGAGGCAGAAGUUGCAGGAAAACGUAUGACUCGCUUAAGAGCAAGGGGUGGAGUUCGAGAUAAACCACCUAUUAUUGAUGAAGAUGAAGACGAUUUCUUUACUCCAGUAGUAGUUAAAAAACGCAAAACCCCUGCCAAAAAGGCACCGCAAGAAAAACCUCGCAAACCCGAAAAAGAAAAAGUUGUUAAAGAGAAAGAAAUUGAAUAUUAUGACAUAGAACGAGAUGUAACAACUGAUGAGACAAGUUUAUAUUUUAUUAUAAGACAUUCCAGAUCGGCAAUUGCUAGCAUAGUUGAUGAUUGGAUUGAAAGUUAUAAAACCAAUAGAGAUACAGCAUUAAUAGCUCUUAUGCAGUUUUUUAUAAAUGCAAGUGGUUGUAAGGGGAAAAUUACUGCUGAAAUGCAACAAACAAUGGAGCACACAGCAAUUAUUCGGAAAAUGACAGAAGAAUUUGAUGAGGAAAGUGGCGAAUAUCCUUUAAUAAUGCCUGGUCAGCAAUGGAAAAAAUUCAAAAUGAAUUUCUGUGAUUUCGUUCAAACUUUGGUUAAGCAAUGUCAGUAUGCAAUUAUUUAUGAUCAAUUUUUAAUGGAUAACGUAAUUUCACUCUUAACUGGUUUGUCUGAUUCUCAAGUACGAGCUUUUCGUCACACAGCAACUUUAGGAGCUAUGAAGCUUAUGACAGCUCUUGUGGACGUUGCUCUUUUGGUAUCAGUAAAUUUCGAUAACGCUGCAAGGCAGUAUGAAGCAGAGCAUGUGAAAAGUCGUGAUAAACGAGCACCUGAACGUCUUGAAUCUUUGAUGUCAAAGCGGGCAGAAUUGGAGGAAAAUAUGGAUGAAAUAAAAAAUAUGUUGACAUAUAUGUUCAAAUCAGUAUUUGUGCAUAGAUAUCGUGAUACGUUACCCGAUAUUAGGGCUAUUUGUAUGACUGAAAUUGGUGUUUGGAUGCAGAACUUUUCACAAAAUUUUUUGGAUGAUUCUUAUUUGAAGUAUAUUGGUUGGACAUUACAUGACAAAAUUGGGGAAGUUCGACUUCGCUGUUUACAAGCAUUACUGCCUCUGUAUAAUUGUGAGGAGUUAAAAGGAAAACUUGAAUUAUUUACUUCAAAGUUCAAAGAUCGUAUCGUUGCAAUGACAUUGGAUAAAGAAUUUGAAGUGGCCGUUCAUGCUGUAAAAUUGGUUAUAAGUAUUCUUAAGAUUCACCCAGAUAUUUUGACCGAUAAGGACUGUGAAAUUGUGUAUGAGUUAGUCUAUUCGUCUCAUCGUGGUGUAGCACAAGCAGCAGCAGAGUUUUUGAAUGUUCGAUUAUUUCAUUUAACUGAUGAAUUGGAAGUCUAUAAAACUAAGCGUGGGAAAAAACGUCUGCCAAACACACCGUUAAUAAGAGAUUUAGUUCAGUUUUUUAUAGAAUCAGAAUUACAUGAACAUGGUGCAUAUUUGGUGGACUCGUUUAUUGACAAUAAUCCGAUGGUUAAGGAUUGGGAGUGUAUGACUGAUUUGCUUUUAGAAGAACCUGGGCCAAAUGAAGAGGUUUUAGAUAAUAAACAAGAGUCAACCUUAAUUGAAAUUAUGGUUAGUAGUAUUAAACAAUCUGCUACAGGAGAAGCUCCUGUUGGAAGAGGGAGCAAUCGAAAAGUUACGUUAAAUGCAAAGGAAGUAAAAGCAAUACAAGAUGACAAAGUAAAACUCACAGAACAUUUUAUUAUUACAUUACCACCUCUUUUAGAAAAAUAUCAAGCAGAUGCUGAAAAAUUAACUAAUUUGUUAGCUGUUCCACAAUAUUUUGAAUUAGAUAUAUAUACAACAUCAAGGCAGGAAGCAAAUUUGCAAAGUUUACUAGAUAAAAUGAGUCACAUAAUGUCAAUUCACACAGACCGUGAAGUUCUAGAAACUUGCUCAAAAACGCUUGAAUAUUUAUGUACUGAAGGAACAGCAACAUAUACCAGAUGUGACAUUGCAAGAGGAAAUAUUAUUGAUCAGUGUGUAAACAAAUACAAAGAAGCUAUUGAUGACUGGAGAAAUCUAAUUGCAGGUGAAGAGCUCCCUAAUGAAGAUGAAAUAUACACUAUUAUAAUCUCAUUGAAAAACGUCUCAAUUUUAUAUUCCUGUCAUAAUUUAAAUCCAUGGAAUUUGUUCGAUUCAAUAUAUCAAGAUAUAGAUGAAAGUCAAAUGCGUAACAAUACAGAGAGGGGUCUUCCAAAUGAAGCCUUAGUUUAUUGUAUUGAAGCUUGCUUCUUUUCUAUUACGUGGGCCCUUUAUCAUAUUGAAAAUAAUUGUGAAACUUCAAGUAUUGAAUCGUCAUGUAAUGAACUGCGUAUUAAUUUGAAUAAGUAUAUAAAUGCUUGUUGCGAGUUAAUUAAAUAUGGGAAAACCUCAACAAUACGUGAAGCUGCAUAUAUGUCUGUUUGUGACCUCUUUAUAAUAUUUUCUGAUCAACUUUCCACAAAUGAAAACCGAACAGUUCGUACUUUGGAAUAUAAACCCUCAGUUGAACAACAAUCUAUAUUAAAUCAAUUUUUAAUUCAGAAUGUUUUUACACUUCUGCAAGAAGAGGGACACGACGAAACGAGAAUUGAAGAAUUACACAAAAAGCGAAAUUUUUUGGCAGCUUAUUGCAAGUUAAUUGUUUAUAACAUAAUUCCAACUAAAUCUGCAGCUGACGUUUUUCGACAUUACCUCAAAUGCUAUAAUGAAUAUGGAGAUAUAAUAAAAACGACAUUGGGCAAAGUACGUGAAAUAAAUAAAAUAAAUUUUUCGAUGACCUUAUGUUUAAGUUUGGUAACAGCAUUUAAAGAACUACAACAAUUAUCUGAAAAUAAUAUUACUGGAAAAUUAUUACAAGAAUUCAAUGAGUUAAAAGAACUGGCGAAACGAUUUGCAUUAUCAUUUGGUUUAGAUGCCGUCAAAAAUCGUGAACCAAUGAUAGCUUUACACCGAGCUGGAAUUUUAUUCGCGGUCCAAGAAAUUCCAGAGGAUCCAGUUGCUGCCCCAAGCAAUUUACUUUUCUUAGAUAUUUUAAAUGAAUUCACAAAUAAAUUGAUAAAACAAGAUAAAAAAGUAAUGCUAAGUUUUUUGGAUCGUCGAAUAUCACCUGGUAUGCCAUCCAGCAGAAGUGAUGAAUGGCAGCCUUUAGUUUCAUAUCGUAAUUCUUUGUUACAUGGUGAAUCAGAUCAAACUCAGGCACCUAAGAAAGCUUACAAUAGGAAACGUGCCGAUCAUGAUGAUGAAGAUGAAGAGGAUGACGAACACGAUGCAGAUUAUAGAGCUUAAGUGAAUUUCUCUUAAUUUAGCUACUAUUGAAUAUUUGUUAUGAUAUAUUUUUAAAAUUUUCCACCCUUAUAUUAUAUAUAAAAAUAGUUUUUAUAUAAAAUAUUGCUUAAUUGAGUCGGGGCACGAUGAACCUUUUUUGUAGAUAAUUAAAAGAGAAAAAUAAAACAAUUUCAAACGAGAAAAAUGGUAUUCCCUGUAUUUUCAAUGGCUUUUAGAAGUUAUAAUUAUUGUGCUACUUGUUUUUUGAUUUAAUGGUUAUCAAUUCAUCUGUUGAAACAAUCCUGAUCAUUCUACCUAUAACAUCGGCCUUCGUUUGAAUAAGAUUAUUUUCAUGUUUUUCAUACGAAUGCAUUAAUGCAAUUUUAGAUUGAUUUGCCACUGAUUUGGAAGUUUCAUUUUUUAUAUUAGGAGAAAAUUCUAUAUCAUCACACUGAUCAGUUAUGAAUUUUAAAUUUUUUAUUGAAAGAGCAUUUUUGAUAAUUUUCACAGCAUUUUUUGCUAUUGAAAAUUUUAAAAUUUCUUUUCGCUUUCCGAAAAAUUCGUUU